CUUCGCUGACAUAUUACGCCGAUUAAGCUUCAACUCCCAUCCAUUUAAUCUUUCAAUCCUGCACCAAGUACCCAUUUCCUUUCACAAUUUCUCUCCAUCCACCUCCAAAAGAUCAUCACCAGACACACAGCCAAUAUGCCUCUCAUCGACGCCAACACCCCACCUACCUCCACCGACACUCACUACGUCGUCUAUUUCGCCUCCGGUGAGCCCUCAUGGUGUCCCGACUGUCGUGAUGCCCUCCCCGCGCUGAACGCUGUUUUUGGCGGCGCUUCUGAUCCUACCGCUUACAUCGUCCGCGUGGGUUCGCGUGAGGAGUGGCGGGGUACUCCUAAGAACAAGUACCGCAAUGCGCCUUACAACAUCAAUGGCGUUCCUACUGUCGUCAAGGUCCAGAAUAGCAAGGAGGUUGGACGAUUGGGCGAUAAGGAGAGUCAGAUUGAAUCUUCUCUCCGCAAGCUUGUGGACCAGUGAGCAUAAGACUUUUUGCGAGGAUAAAGCAUCGUUAGGUCCGCGACUGAACUUGGAGGCUCAUAUCCAGCCUGAUGCUUCUUCUUGUCGCGGAAUGCCGAGACAGCUUAUUCAGUGUCUAUCAAGCUCAUGCUUUGGAAGAGCACCAACGUUAAGCUCUACAUGGAUCAGAAACCACAAAUAGAAACGGAUAAAUGACAGACUUCUUCACAAAGGAGCUCCCCAAUCAUUGAUCAA